CUGAGCUUGCUAAGAAGAGGUGUGGGUGAAGCCCUUGUCAAGUGUGGAGUGUUCUCAAGAAGUUCUGACAGUGAUACAAGACGACCUCAUGAUGUUGAAGCAGCAGAAAACAGAGUCAGAGUUGGUCGCACAGCCACCAGUCCUUGUGUUCCACGACAACUGCGGAAACAACAUUCGUCUGACGAACGGUAACAGGACCGCGGUGAAGAUAGAUUUGCAGGCCUACAAUGACGGGGUGAUCGGGUCACGUGACCCUAUGUUGGGGAACGUCUUGUAUGAAGUCAGAGUGGACGCAGUAACAGAUGUGUACAACUAUCUAGCAUUGGGUGUGACAAGAAUUUCUCCUGCACACCUCCUUGUGCCAGAGUGGAUUAGAUACAUGAAAGACUCCGUUAUGAUCGCGCCCGGUUUGGUCUUCUACCACAAAAAACGUGUGCCGUUACCGCUCGCAGAAGGUCUCAGGAAACUUGAAGUCGGGAGUCGAGUCGGGGUACUGGUGACCUCAUCCAACGACCUUCACCUCUACAUCAACGGACAGGACCAGGGUGUUGCAGCAGAAAAUGUUACACAACCCUGGUUUGCUGUCUUUGAUAUUUACGAUACAGUUAGUAAGGUGACAGCCCUUCCUACAUCUAGGAUUGCAUGACGAAUAUCAGAGGAGAAAGAGGCUGAGACAAUAAAACUGAAGAUGGCCCCAACCUGGGUGUUGACAUUACCAACGACAGUUGCAGUGAAUUUGUUUUGUCAGUCUAUUUACUAUGCAAAACAAGACGAGUACAAAUUGUUUUCCAGUUGAAAUACAUUAAUAAAAAAGCUGGAUGUACUGCCUUCCCCCACAUACACACAUUCAAGCAUAUAAAGAAAAGAGGGAAAACAGCUUCUUAGCAUGAAGAGAAGUCGGAUGAAGUAUUAUUUCAGCAAAUGAAAUAUAUUGUGUAAGCACUACAAAAGUAUACACAUGAGUGCUGCUGUAAAUUAGUUACAUUUUAAAUACAUUGAAUAGACCUUUGGCUUAUCUUUGUGUUGAUUAAUUUUAAAAUGGUAAAACUGUUAAUGUUCAUCGACAAUUAAAAUAAUCAUCCCGUGUGUGAUUUAGUUCUGCUACCCAAUAAGUAAAAUUAUUACUUACAGUUUCUGUGCCACUGAGUAAACAAAAUGUCUCUAUUCAUUUAAAAAGACUUUCCGGACUGUGUGGAUGGAUUAAACUCUUUCACUAGGCACUGUUUCAUAGCUCUAAUCACAAAUAAUUCGGUUUUGGUGGACUUUAAAGAAAUUUUGAUAAAAAUGAGUAAAAUGUAGACCAGGACACUACAGUAGCUGAGAACUACACUUUACGUGACUUGCAAUCACUUCUCUGGAAAGAUGCUGAACUGUCUCGUAUGGUGGCGGUGUAUUUAUUUCUGUAUUUAUUUUCUGUUUUCUUCUUGUUCACAAAAAGAUAAAAUGUCCUCUAAAAGACUACCAAAUGAUAUCAAAAAAGGAAAAAGGGAACUAGUAUUGACGAUAGUAUGUUGAGCAGUUCUACUCAAACACUACAAAGCUCAAAGGAUGAAAUCAAAUGUAACUGCCUGUUAGUCUCAGAAUAAACCUGUUAAUAGCAAAUAGACUUUAGAAAUUCCUUCAA